AUGAAUUUAGAUGAUAUCUAUAAUUGGUAAAUUCUUUUAACAUAAAUAUAAUUAGGAUUCUUAGUCAUCAGAAUAAUUAUCCUGGAAAACACUAAGAAUCAUAACCAAGAACUGUUCCAUCAUACAAACCAUUAGAACCGAAAGCAUAAGUAAUUUCUAAUCUUUAGUUCUUCUAGUUUCAUAUUGUUAUUAAGGUUACUGCUGAAUAUACAGAUAAUCAAUUUUUAAUUAUUUUUUUAUUUUAUUUAAAAAUUAGCAUUUUAAUACAAGUAUUUUAUGUUAAAUUUGAUAUAACAACAUCAAAGAGAAAAUGUUUAAUGGAAAUGUAAAAAUAAUUUAAUACUCUUAAAAGGGUGUUAAUCUAAAAGAAUUUGGAGCAUUUACAAUGGAAGUUAUCUCAGAUUACGUUAAACCAUUAUAACAUUCUGGUUUUAAAAUGACUGAAGAUUUAAAUAUCUAAAGAGCAGAUCGUAAACAUAUUCAUACAAUUAGGUAUUUUUGUUAUAUAAUUUAGUCCAUGCUUUAUUCCUGAUAAUUAAUUUAAAUAUUUCUUAUAGAGAUAUCCUGGAAAAGAAGAAGUAACUAAACCUUAGAGUUACAUUCAAUUUAUUAAAAGGGAUUUG